AUGAGAGUGCACUGCGCUGACUCCAGGAAGUUUUGGGUUUCCACUUCCAGCAGCAAUUUCGUUCAAUUUGGAAUAUUUUCGCUUUGUUUAUUUUCAGGUCACAUCAUCUUAAAAGACAUGGCAGAAGGGGGCUUUGACCCUUGUGAAUGCAUCUGCAGUACUGAGCGCGCAAUGCGACGCCUCCUCAACCUGCUCAGAGAUUCCCAGUCCUACUGCACAGACACGGAGUGCCCUUUGGAAUUGCCUGGGCCGAAUGGAGGGUCACUCAGUGGUGGGGAAGAGUUUACCUUCCCCAUGAUGGUGAUGGGAUGGAUGGUACUGGCCGUAGUCCUCUUCAUGCUACGCCCUUCUACUCUCCGAAGUUCCCCCUCUUUAGAAAAACCCACCGAACCCCACAAUAGAGGUGGAAGAGAACCACCAGCGCCACCUGUUGACUAGGAGAAGGAAGUUGGAGUUGCACAUCCCCAAGUGUGUUCCUGUGGCACAGAUUAACACCGACUCCGUGUCAUUUUACAUUAAAAUAUACCAUGCCUA